GUGUGUUAUAAGGCAGCCAAGAUCCUUCUCUCCCGCCACACUCCGCCACGCGACACCGCCAUGAACACUCGGGUCAUCUUACUAACCGCCCUCUGCCACGUGCUGGGGCGGAGCACGGCGGCGGCGGCUGGUCAGCUGAACCGAGUAGGUUCUGGGGGCGUGGUGUACGCAGCGGCGCCCCAAGAGCGAGGGGCGUACGCCGUGGCGAGGGCCGGCGGACCCUACAACUACGGCUACAACACAGGGGACGGCAUCGCGAAGGUGGAGGUUCGUCAGCCCUCGGGAACGGUCGUCGGCUCCUACAGGUACUUCGACCCCAACGGCAAACAGGUGGUUCGUUCGUACAUCGCCGACGAGAAAGGCUUCAGAGUACUAGGAAACGACCUGCCCAUCAGCCCCGACACACCUGCCUCGCAAGUGCAUGGGACACCUGCCUUCACCGGCGCAGUUGAAGGCACGAGUGAGUUCGACGUACCGCCUCCUCUGAGUCCUAACACGCAGUACCAAACGACCCAUACUGUCAACGUUCCUCAGACACAGCAACCCCAGUCUGUACAGCAACAGGCCCUGCAGCAACAGCAAAGCGCUCUCUUGCAGGAACAGCAACUCCAGUUUCAGCAGCAGCAGGAGCAGCUGGAAGAGCAAAGGCGACAGCUAAGGCUUCAGCAAGAGAAGCUCGAAGCCUUGCAGAGAGAUCUCGAGCAACAGCAGCAGAGUUUCCGACAGCAAUACGAAAAGCAGACGCAGCAACACGUCUUAACGCAGCCUGAGCCGCAGCCCCAGCCGUCCCAGCAGCAGUUCCAGUACCAGACGCAAAAUACUCUCUCAGGAGGGUACACUUCACCCUACUACUACUACCCACACCAGUACGACUACGAUUUCCCCGCAGGCUUCGCUUUCGCAGGGCUUCCGGUCGUGAAGCCUCCAGUAGGGGCGAAGAGAGUACACCCCGAGGAACCCUUCUCGGCUGGGCAUACGGCUUCCAGGGUGAAUAUCCGCCCGCCUGUGGCUCCUCACCGGAAUUACGCGACUCAUAGCAAUCCGAUCACCGCCGGACACACGAAAGACCGUCGACACCACAGUAGCUAUGUCAUUGGACUUGCUCGUUAGUCCUACUCUCUUCGGUCAGUGGCUUUUGGAGUUUUAAAGUGUAUGAUGAUUCCUGCAACGAAUAAUGGGCUAAUGGACUGACAGAUCGCCUUUAGAAGAAUAAUGAUUCCAUUAGUAUUAUGACAGAUGGUAGAGCUAUGUACCAAAGUCAUCAACGCCACAAAGCAUCUUUAAAAUUUAUCAGUAUGGGCGUCCGUGUUUGGGGGCUGAGGUGUGGGUGCUGACAGAAUGUUGGUGGCGGGCGGGGGCGAUGUCGUUGCGUGUGGAUGUUUGGAAUCCAGUCUAACCGACGUGUUACCAUUCCUCUUAUGUCUGUUAUCGUGUCACUGCUGAUAUCUCUUAUUUUACCACAACUUGAGGUUAGUCUCUGCAAGCGUUUCCUUCUGGUUGUAAACGAGCCAGUUAGUUUUGGCGUCUCAUCUGAAUUUUACAAGUUGACAGGGCUGUCACUGCAGGAGUUUCCCCUUCGGUGUACACACUUCAAGGGCAGUCACUGCAGGAGUUUCCCCUUCGGUGUACACGCUACAAGGGCAGGCACUGCAGGAGUUUCCCCUUCGGUGUACACACUACAAGGGCAGGCACUGCAGGAGUUUCUCCUUCGAUGUAAACGCUACAAGGGCAGGCACUGCAGGAGUUUCCCCUUCGGCGUACACACUACACGGGCAGUCACUGCAGGAGUUUCCCCUUCGGUGUACACACUACAAGGGCAGACACUGCAGGAGUUUCCCCUUCGGCGUACACACUACACGGGCAGGCACUGCAGGAGUUUCCCCUUCGGUGUACACACUUCAAGGGCAGUCACUGCAGGAGUUUCCCCUUCGGUGUACACGCUACAAGGGCAGGCACUGCAGGAGUUUCCCCUUCGGUGUACACACUAAAAUGAGUCUCCCCUGACUUGUACUUUUACACCACAUUGUUCGAAUAUGGUAACAUGAACUCCAUGAACAUUGUAUAAUUGUUAUCUAACAAUAUGUUGUUAACUACUUUAGUUUAUAGGGAAUUUAGAGAUAGAAUUGUAAAUUAUUAAUAAAUAUCUUAAUGUA